CACCCGUUCUGAUCUGCUUCUGAUUCUGACAACCAGUUAGUUUUGACCUUGAGUUUGACAGCUCGGUAGUUGCAGCUUGGGCUCAAACUCCAAGAGAGAUGGACAGGAGGUGAAUGAAUAUCAAUUUACAAACAUUGCGUAACAAGAGCGAUGUUCCAAAGAGCUUCUCGAGUCAGUUCCCGUGGUUCCUCUCUGAUCUUUCGGACCAUGACCAGUUCAGCAGCAAAUUCAUCCGCCAUGGAUAUGUUUCCUUGCUCGGACAGGGGCAAGCGAAUCUACUCUGAAGUUAUUGGGUUCAUGAACGAGUUUGUGUAUCCCGCUGAGCCUGUGUAUAUCAAGCAGUAUGCGAAACUGGCCGAAAAGGAUCGCUGGCAAGUUCCGCAAAUUAUUGAAGAUUUGAAGGUGGAAGCCAAACGACGCGGCUUGUGGAAUCUAUUCCUGCCGUCUGUUUCCAAACUUUCCCAAACCGAGUAUGCAUUCAUGGCCGAGCAGAUGGGAAGGAGCGUGGUUAUCGCACCAGAAGCGUUUAACUGUAGCGCCCCGGACACCGGGAACAUGGAGGUGCUUCAUCUGUUUGGAACGGAGCAGCAGAAAGCCGAGUGGCUAGAGCCACUGCUGGACGGCCGCAUCCGCUCCUGCUUCUGCAUGACCGAGCCGGAUGUCGCGUCGUCAGAUGCCACGAACAUGGAGUGCGAGAUUCGCCGCGACGGCAAUGAAUAUGUCAUCAAUGGCAAGAAAUGGUGGAGCUCUGGGGCUGGUGACCCUUGCUGCAAGAUUUCUAUCUUGAUGGGCAAGUCCACAGGUCUUGAAGACCAACCUAUCCACAAGCAGCACUCCAUGAUACUCGUUCCUCUUGACACACCCGGCGUGGAGAAAGUUCGCCCUCUGACCGUGUUCGGCUUCGACGAUGCACCACACGGACACCUGGAGCUGCACUUCAAGAAUGUCCGCGUUCCCGUCAGAAACCUGAUCCUGGGCGAGGGACGUGGAUUUGAGAUUGCCCAACGUCGACUGGGACCCGGUCGCAUACACCACUGCAUGCGUCUGAUUGGAAUGGCAGAGAGGGGUUUGGAGGCGAUGUGUCAGCGUGCCUGCCAGCGCACAGCUUUCGGCAAGGCCAUCGCGCGCCAGGGCACUGUUCAGGCUGAUAUUGCACUGUCCCGCAUCGAGAUUGAUCAAGCGCGUCUGCUCACCUUGCAGGCUGCUCGGCUAAUUGAUGCUCGGGGCAAUCGCGCCGCCCGUCAUCUGGUUGCGAUGAUCAAAGUAUCGGCACCGCGCAUGGCCUGUGCCGUGCUCGACCGUGCUAUACAAGUCCACGGUGGCGCCGGUGUCAGUCAGGACCCUGGACUAGCUCACCUGUGGGUGUUGGCACGCUCCCUGCGCAUUGCUGACGGGCCCGAUGAGGUCCACCUGGCCACCGUUGCUCGUGGCGAGCUCAAGCCCUAUGCAGCCGCUGCAAUGGCUGGCACCCAAUCCAAGCUCUAACAACUGACUUGUUUGGACUUUCACAUGGUUGGUCAAAUGCUGAAGGCCAUGCAAUUCGUUUCCGUAACUGACAGAAUUCUUGCCUUGCAUUCCACCUCUAUUAGUUUUUUGUGAUGUACUGACUGGCGGAUCGUGGUUCGUACACUUUUAGCAUCAUUACAAAAUACUUCACAUUUAAUAGAAAGAAAAUUUUACAUGGUGUACAUAGGCUGCUGGCCAGCUUACUGCUCACGAUGAUUUCUCUUCACAUAUUCACAGAUUGACAUUAGGACUUGGCCUUAUGUUUCAUGUAGUUUGCCACUGCACCGAGUUCCCUGGCCACUUCUCUAGACAUGAAUCACACUUUCACUUACUUUGAGAUUACCAUGUACCCUACUCCCUAGAGUACUUCGACAAUUUUUGUGGCUAAUGAAUUGAAGGUGUCUGGCUACGAGGCAAUAUGUGCCGGAGCUGUAAAAACAACAGGGGCAAGCCCGGAUUAACAGUUUGUGUCUGUUUCUAACAAAAAAAUCAAAGAUCUGGAUGGAAA